AUGGACAAACGCAAGAGGGAUGAGAUCUCUAUACUUUCCCAUGCCAAACGGCAACGAAAUCUCCUAAAUCCAGACGGAUUCAUCCCAACGAAAGUCACACCGACACCCCAUAUACGAAUAUCUGCUCCCCAGUUUCAGUCAGAUUUUUCAUCUGAAACUAAGCACACGCUUGUCCCAGUUCGAUCGGGUGUGUCAACAAGAACUCAUCAAGGAUGCCAACCGCACGCAUUGCCAAUGGCAGCUGUGCAGAACUUAACCAAAGACAUCCUCCAGCCGCUACCUUUGUCCUCCAAACCAAGACGUCGAAUUUCUCCACCUCCGUUCCCAAAUUCCUUUCUAGUCACCCAUCCAACAACGAAACCAUUGAAACCGAUAUCUGCUACUCGCAUUGCGCUUGCAACUGAUAUAAGGAGCGAAGGAGGUGCAGCGGAGGUUUUGGGUUUGUUCGUACAGCAGCACGGCACUGGCUAUGUCUCUAUCGAUGAUCGCGAAUUGGCACGUGGGUUAGAUUUCAGCCCACGCAAGAAUGUUGCAGCUGGUCGGAGGAAAACUAAAUAUCUUCGCGGAGGACUUGCUGAUCGAGUUUCCCGAACACUGCAACGCAGCCAAACCUCACUUCAUCUGUGGCAUAAGGACAAUGGCAGUUAUGUUGGUCGCCAAACCCCGCCCGACCUCAAACUGCGUAUAUGCCGUGUGAUCAAUCAUAUUAACCACACCAGUCCUCUCAAGGAGAGUAUGCGUUGCUGCCUGGCCGUCUGUCGCAUAAUGAGCCGCUUUGGCGAGGAAAACCAAGAGAUCCUUGUUGUGUUUUCGCCGCCGCGUGGAUCUGAUGCUGAGCUGAAACGCCUCAUGGAUAUUGGCUCUGUGGGUGGCGAUGUGCAUGUAUGGAAGCCCUGGAAGACUUUGCUUGUCUCUGAAUCCUCGUGCAGCUUUUUUGAUGAGUUUUGUAUGCCCUCUCACAAAGUAUUAUUAUCCUCCCGAUUCCACCGUGAUUGUUUGGCUACUACAAACAAAAACUACGAGCUGCAGAAUGAUAUGCAAGUCAUUGUACCUGUAAUUUCGAAAGCUCUGACUUGUGAGGAUCAACUGCAGCUGGAUGCCGACACAGGAUGCAGAUGGGCACAAGGGUCGCCAACGUUCCAACACAACUUCGUACACCCCCUUUCCCUGGCGAAAGCGUUCAGAUCCUCCCCACGGUGCCCUACCCCCAGCGACAGCAUCACAGGCGCAGCCUUCGCAGACUGUAGAGACACUCAUCUCCUUGCUUUCACCUCCCGCCGUCCCGUCAUUAUCCCAUGCUCGAGCUUUAGCUGGUGCCCUUGCCUCUGA